AUGGCAUCUAAAACAAAUGAAUGUGCUGAUUCUUCAGUUGGUCUUACUUCAUUUUUUGAUGAAAAUGACUUUGAAUACUGGAAGAUAAGAAUGAGAACUUACAUGAAAGCUGAAGGUUUGGGGACUAUUGUUGCAAAUGACUAUGAAGAGCCAGAAGACGAUGGUGAACUUUCAGUAGCAGAGAUGAAAAAUCUUGAGGCUAAGCGUCGUCAAGAUGCAAAAACUUUGAGCAAAAUUCAAAUAGGAGUCUCAAGAGCAUUUUUUGCAAAAAAUGCUACUUGUGAGACUGCAAAGCAAGCUUGGGAGUCUCUGGAAGCUAAGAUGUAUGGUGACGAAAAGGUACGCACUAUCAAUCUUCAAACUCUUAGAAGAGAGUUUCAAAAUUUGAAGAUGAUAGAAUCUGAAAAAAUAGAUGAAUAUUGCACAAGAGUCAUGAAUAUUGUUAAUGAAAUGAGAAAUCAUGGUGAUGUAAUUUCUGACCAACAAGUUGUGGAAAAGAUUCUAGUUAGUGUCACAGAAAAGUAUGAGUAUAUUGUUGCUAUCACUGAGGAGACGAAAGAUCUUUCUAAGCUUUCCAUCAAAGAGCUAGUUGGAUCGUUUCGUGCACACGAGAAGCGAGGAUUUUUUCGUGAGAAUCAACCCAAAGAGACGGCUUUCCAGUCCAGAACCAAUGAGAAUUCUCAAAAUUUCGCAAAAAAUCAACAAAAAAAAGAAGUACAAUCCAAAAAAGAAGAAAGAUCGUGA